AUGCCCGUCUCCUGCAUGACCUCCUGCCCUGCCCUGCAAGCGCCUGUGGACGGGAGGAAGUUUGGCACCAAAUACUUGGUGGAGCACGAGGUUCACUUCACCUGCGACCCGGGCUUCCAGCUCCUGGGCUCCAGCACGCGGACGUGCCAGGCCAACGGCAGCUGGACUGGGCAGGAGCCCCGCUGCGCAGGUACUGCUCCGUGCUGCCCAUGGCAAGGCUGCCAGGCAGGCGGCUGCGACCUCAACGAGUGCGAGGUGUACAAGAGGGAGGGGGGUCCCCGGCUCUGCGCCCACGCCUGCGUCAACCUCCCCGGCUCCUACCGCUGCGCCUGCCCCGCCGGGUACGUCCUCCUGGGCGACGGCAAGAGCUGCGAAGACAUCGAUGAGUGCGCCCUGUCCCAGGACAACUGCACGAGGGGGACCACCUGCAUCAACACGGGGGGCGGCUUCCAGUGCGUCAGCCCCCAGUGCCCCCAGCCCGCUGGCAACGUCACCUACGUCAAAACAUCACCUUUCCAGUGUGAGCGCAACCCCUGCCCGAUGGAGAGCCUUUCGGGACCCGACAGCCUGCGCUUCGGCAUUGUGGGCGGCAACAACCGUGGCCACUUCGUGAUGCAGCGGUCAGACCGGCAGACUGGGGAGCUAAUCCUGGUGCAGAGUCUCAAGGGUCCCCAGACCAUCCAGGUGGACGUGGACAUGUCCGAGUACCUGGACCGUGUCUUCCAGGCCAAGCACAUGUCCAAAAUCACUGUCUUCGUCUCCGCCUAUGAGUUUUAG